UCUGCUCGUCAUCGCACAGUGAGGCACAGACUUAUAGUAUCAACACAUACCCAUAUUGUGUUUGUGAUUUGAGAACACAGCAUGACCCUGCUGAAGGCUAUGUGUAUGGCAUAUCUAAUAAUCUUUUCUAAAGGCGAACAGUGCAGGAACAACCAGCAUUGUUCAGAGUGUGACAGAAAUGGGAAUUGCCUCACAGACUGUGACACCGGGUAUUUUGAUCAGAUGUGCAUGUCAGCGUGCAGCAAGACCUGCAGGAACCACUCAUGUCUGUUGUCAGUCUCUGGUGUCGGUGAUUGUACUGAUGGUUGUGUCCCCGGAUAUCACGGCCCAGGGUGCAACAUACCAUGUGACAGUCCAGGAGGUAGCUGUACAGCAUGUCCAGGUGGCUGUGAUGGAGGAUAUUGUCAGCUGAGCUCAUCCUGUGUGUCUGGAUGUGUAGACUCCUACUACGGGACUGGCUGUAAGUCGUGUUCCAGUCGAUGUAAGUCCUGCAACAGGAUGACAGGAUCGUGCAGUGAGUGUGACCGUGAAUACUUUGGUCCAAACUGUGGGUAUUCCUGUGAUCACUGCCUGAGAUCCUGUGAACAUGGAUGCACAGGGGGUUGUCUUCCUGGAUUUUAUGGCUCGAUCUGUGACAAGACGUGCAGUGACAAGUGUGGUCCAAACCCCAACAUCUCUACUGACAAACCUCUACUGGCGCCAAACACUGGAGUACGUGACUGUCACAGAGACAGUGGGGACUGUAUCCACGGGUGUGACGAGGGGUGGUAUGGCCGACAGUGCUCCUCUCCGUGUAGUUCUAACUGUAGAAACUCCAAGUGUCAGUCAGACAGCGGGUCGUGUACAGAUGGGUGCGCACGUGGCUUCUAUGGUGGCCUCUGCCAACACACGUGUGAAGUUUGUCUUGAUGGUGUAUGUGAUCAGAUGAGUGGCACGUGCACUGAAGGCUGUCAGCUGACUGGACGAAAGUGUGAUUCCACGUGUACAGCCAACUGUUCCAUAGCGGAAUGUCUAAGCUGCAACCAUGGUGUCAGUGACAGCAGCAUUGCCGACUUGAAGAUUGGGCUGUCAGCGGUGAUUUCAAUGUUUGUGGUGAUCAUCUUGCUGGGUCUAUCACGCCCCUUCUACAAACGUUUGAGAACUAAAGGGUGCAGAAUUCAGAGUAUUAAUCAAGAUGCAGCGCCAAGCCAUGACGACCAGGUGUUGCCGGACUACUGUGAAAUCAGAGACGAAGAUUUGGCAACCAUGUGUGAGCUGCCAGCCAUGAACCGAAAUGAUUCAGUAACAGGGGCUGCUGUCCCGGACAUGCCUGUUCUGGCAGAGUGCUUUGCUCCAGACUGUGGCGAUGUAGUCAACGAUGUUGCUAUAGCAGAGUGCUUUGCUCCAGACUGUGACGAUGCAGUCAACGAUGUUGCUACAGCAGAGCAGUCUGCUCUUGAUGACGACGCGUACACUAAACUAAUACGGAACUAUGUUGUUGAACGUCCUGAGAGAGCAGGGAAAUAUUUGUCUCCAAUUGACGACUGAUGCAAUGUAAUCCCUUAUUGCAGAUACGGAGUUCUGUAAAGGAACUUUGAACUUCAGUUAGUAACUGUUUGCUACAGUAUAGAUCAGACCUCAACAAAACCCAAAUGGUUAAAACCAACAUUGAGGAAGAUCCAGUUAAAGUAUUAUUACUGUUUAACAACUUGUGAUAGCAAGUGACGCCAUUAUUUUCCAUUUAACAUAAUAAUGUAAUUUUAGCAUAGUAUCAAUAUGCAUAGAUGAAAUGCAGCGAGUAGACGACCAUUAGAAUCACAACAUCCCACCGAUGAUUAGUUCAAGUAGAAUAGAAAAUGAAGUAUCCCCCUUUUCAACAAUCGAAAAUAACAUGCUAUAAUUGUCAUAACACACAACAAACACAGACACACAUACAUGUUAUUUCAUCUGGUUUUUAUUGUUUGUGGUCGCUGUGAAAGUUCGUGCUUGGUUUGAUUAAAUGUCAUCUUCCGGCCUCGCUAGGCUGGGUGUUUCAAUUAAUGAAUUUUAUGUCUGGUUUGGUUUCAU